AUGCUGCCGGAAGCUUUUCACACUCGUCGCGGAAGCGCAAGCACGACCGCUGAUAGCGGAGUGUUUGGUCAGAAAUCAAUUCUCUCUACAAUACCUUCCACUCAUGCCGAGUGUCAGCCGCUCCUGACCGGCGCGCCAGCACCCCAAGUUUUCGUUCACCCGGUCGAGUGUGCGUCAGUCACGAGCCGCUUGCUAUUACAGUGGGUCACUCCAUCGAUCGUGCUCGCUAAUCGGCCACUCGCUCAGAGAUCGCGAAGCUUACCGUCAUAUCAGUCGCAAAUCCAUCAGCGGCAGCGUCGAGGCCAAGAAUUUUCAAAACGCGGCCUGGAGCAGGGGGACGUCUGGGAGCUUCCCUCGCACAAUUGCGCCGAGCAUGAUGCCAACGUUUUGCAGUGCGCCUGGAUCAGCUCUGGAUCUUUGUUACUAGCCUGUAGCAAAGUGCACGGCGUAAAGUUUCUAUGGCUCGGAGUGUUGUACGGUCUGGAACAAGUCUUUAAUUUAGUUGAACCUUACGUGUUGUUUCGAAGUGUGUUGCUACUGCAGGAGCAAGAAGAGGAAAUUGGAAACGAAAUCAAAUCAAGACGUGAUUUUUUACUUUGGAUCUCAACACUUCUUUCAUGCCGUUUUCUGCGCUCGCUUCUGUCCGUAUAUGUGCGCGCAGAAUUACAGACAUUAAUGCUGCGUCUUACGGCAGCGCUACAGAGCCUCGUAUUGCAAAAGGCACUGCGGCUUUCAAAUAGCAUACUUCGAGAGGCUGACGCGCUCUAUGUAGCUGAUGUGAAGCAAUUUCUCAAAGGCGCUGCGUGUUUGCACGAAGUUUGGGCAUCCUUGUUGUUGUUGGCAUUGCUUUUGAUUUUAAUUGCGCAGUUUCUUGGAGAUGCAGCAUUUGGGGCCACUUUCGGCGCAAUGAUCGUGACACUUGCGAGCUCACAAGUACUCAAAUCGUUGCAAUUGCGAUCGAAAGAACGGGUACGAAAAAUGCGAAAAAACCGACAAAGUUCAGCAAAUGAAAUGGUACUUGCCAUGGCUGCUGUGAAAUUACAUGCAUGGGAAUUUGCAGCAAACGCGCGUGUGAGUGCUUCCAGAAUGCGGGAAGUGGCGGCCCUGUGGCGUUUUCACUCACGAAUUGCCAUUGAAGCUGCCUUUUAUUACACCACGCCAAUAUUCGUCGCUACAACAGCACUGGCCAUUGGUUCCCAAACCUCUACGCAUUUGCUUAAUCCUACAUCAGCAUUCUUCGUUAUGACGCUCAUGCUUCUCAUCCGCACUCCACUUCGAUCUCUUCCUGAGGCGUUGCUCGGUGCUCGUGCUGCUUGGCUUUCACUUUCUAAUCUGUCACACUUCAUGGGCCAAGAAGAAAUGAAUCCGUAUGCAGUCGCUCGACGGGAUAGUUUGCCGUUAGUAGCCAAGUAUGACGCACAAGAAGUCGUUGUUGCCGUCAAAAAUGCAACACUGGGCUGGACGACAAGUGGUCCUGUGAUCUUCCAGCACUUAAAUGUGACGAUGGGUGCUGGGGAGCUACUAGUUGUUCAUGGACGCCCCGGAAGCGGAAAGUCUUCCUUUCUCUCAGCUCUUCUUGGUGAAAUGCAAUUACGUGAUGGGAAUAAUGGUCAAAUAUACGUCGGUGGUUCCGUUGCUUUCUGCCCCCAACAGCCGUGGCUACAACAGAAGCUUUCAGUGCGUGACAAUAUACUAUUUGGCUUGCCGUUAGACCAUUGUAAAUACCAGCACGUGCUUGAUGCGUGUGAUCUCGUUAAUGUUUUAAAGUUGUUACCGGCCGGUGAUCAUACGCUGGUUGAAAAAUGGAAAGCAACUACAGGACAACAAGCUCUUAUAAGCUUGGCGCGUGCUUGCUAUAGUGAUGCUGAUAUUUAUUUACUAGACGACCCGUUGGCUCACGUCCGUCCGAGAUCUGUAGCGCGCAAUUUUUUUUCGCGUUGCGUACUGGGACUUUUGCGAAACAAGACAAGAAUUAUUGUGACUUCUAAUAUAGACUUUGUCGACUCUGAUUUCGUGAACAAUAUCGUUCGCCUUGAAGACGGCGGUCGGCUAGUGCGUACACGGGAUGUAUAUGAAGCUUCGUGGCGUGAAAAGCAACAAGGAGUCGAAGAAAGUGAUAUAGAAAGAACAGUAUUCGCCGAAAAAAAUUGGGAGCAUGGUGAUGAAAUAUCUUGUCCUUCUGAACUAUCAUAUACCCCUGCCGAAGACUCGCCCGAUAUUGAACAGUUGUCUAUGGAGAAUAUUGUCAACACAAGUCGCAUCUCGCUGAUUGAGCGACCUUUGCGAGAGUAUCUUUCAUGUGAAUCGACAGCAGAGGCCGAAUGGUGCAAAUGGAAAUGGCCAUUUAAAUCAAUUUAUGUUUAUGCUCAACUCAUUGGUGGCAUUCGUCUUGCAUCAGUGCUUAUUUUUCUUUUCAUGUUGUGGCGAGCACUUCUGUUGAUCGGUAAAGUGUGGGUUGUUUACUGGAUACAGUCAAGUAACCAGAAAGACUUGGGGAUCAUACUAAUUUCGUUGUCAGUGGGGGCUGGGCUGUUAACACUAAGUUACGCAUUAGGUGUUGCCUGGAUAGCAAUGUUAGGAUCACGUCGUGCCUUUUCAUCGCUCGUGUCGGCUUUUCUUCAAGCUCCGUUGGUAUUUUUUGAUAUUUAUGGGGCUGGAAGUGGUAGAGCCCGGUCCAAACGUAUUAGUCAAAAUAAGAGACGUGAACUUGAGCGGGUAUUUACAAAUGAAGAUCUCUCAGUCCUGGAUACGAGACUCCCUCUCGCCGUUAAUGCUAUAUCGGCUAUCGGAGCUUCAAUUUUGUUAGCAUUUCUAACAAUAACGGUGGUAACAAGGUACUUCAUAGUGUUACUGAUACCUAUAUUUUACAUGUAUCUUCAAGCUGCCGGACUGUAUCUGCGACCUGCACGUGACGUGCUUCAUUUAGAGCGCCGAGCGCGACAGGCUGCGCGUAUGUAUGCACUUGAGAUGCUUGCAGGAGCUCGCGUUGUUCGGGCCUAUGGGCUGGCGCAUGUGCAUCGCGUUCUGGGUCACCAUUUCUGGUUACUGGAUAUUGCUGCUCGAGAUGCUCAUUUGGGUCUGCACAUCGAUUUGUGGUUAAUGUUGCGAGUUCAAUUAUGUGGUACUAUCAUGGUUGGAUUUGUAGCAGCUUUAUCCUUCUUGUCCUUACAACAUAGACAAAAUGCUGGUCUAUUUACUUUAGCGCUUUAUGAAGCGCUGGCGGUUAACAAUGGCGCGCUUGAAGCACUUGUGCGUGCUUGGGCUUGGCUCAGCCCAAUUCUACCAGUUGCUGCUCGAGUUCAAGCUGCUGUAAGAGGUGCGGAAGUCAUCGUCGAAAGCGCAACUAACUCGAUUGCCACCGCGAGACGCGAAUUUCCGCUUCUUACACCAAGUGAGGUCUAUCCAUCGUUAGCUUGGCCCACGAAGGGUGAUUUACGCUUUGAUGCCGUCACUUUUCGCGAUCCUGCUGCUGCGAUUGUUGACGAGCUCACCGACAUGUUUGAGCUUGGUGAUGGUGGAGCUCCUCCUCUAGCUCUUAAAUCUGUUUCGUUUCGAGUACAGUCUGGUGAAAAAGUGGCCAUUCUUGAGUCGUCAAUUGCCUCUCCAGUUUCUUCAGUUGGUCGGGCAUUGCUGCGCUUGCACGAGCUAACGGCUGGACGAAUUGUAGUGGAUGGUGUCGAUGUGGCUACUUUAGGUCUGAGUACCCUUCGCUCUCGUAUUGCGUGCGUGUCUGCAGCACCACCAAAUGCUGCAUUAUAUGAUGGAUCAGUCCGUUCGCAGCUUAAUCCUAAUCGCGCUGACAUUGCAGAUAAACAUUUGUGGUCUGCUUUGCGCGCAGUUAGGCUUGAAAACGAUGUGAUUUCACUAGACGAUCCGUUUCCAGGUGUCUCAGCCUUAGCGCGAAACCCAUCAAAGCGUCUUCUGUUAAGCCUUGCUCGUGCUUUGCUGAGCGAAUCAUCCGUUGUGGUGCUUGCUAUAGCUCCUGUGCUGAUGACAACCCCAGUGGACAACUAUCAAAUGCAACCGGAGCUGCAUUUUGCUCCGAAUGACGCUACUUUUGAGAUAAUGCAACAAGUGGUGAAUGAGGAGCUGUGUGAUGCAACUGUGCUACUAUUAAUACCGUCUGUCAAGGAUUUUUCACGCCACAAUCAAAAUUUGAGAAGAAUUCUUAUGAAUGUUGUAGACCGUACACUUGUCGUGGUUAAUGGCGAAAUGGCUGAGAUUGGGGCCAUUACAGACAUUCCUGCGUUUAUUUCAUAUGCAGAUCAAUCGAGUACUUAUUCCGAAGCUCCAAUAAUUUCAUAUGCAGAUCAAUCGAGUACUUAUUCCGAGGCUCCAAGUCGGUUGGAGUUGUCCGAUUUGGAACAGUUCAGUGAGCAUAAAAGCUUAUUGGCGCUACCGGACCUCCAGGAGCAUUAUGUAGAUGAAGGCGAGUCUUCUGCAAGUGGCGAGUUUGUGAUGGUGACGUCUGCAGCUGACUUAGAGACCGAUAGGUUUGUAGAGAAUGUGGAAAUAAAAUUUCAAGUCUGUUUGUGA